ACAAAAUGCAGCAGUAUCAGAUCCUCAAGAAUUUGUGCCUUAUCAUUGCCUUUAGCUCAAUGGUGAUCACAGUUCUGGCUACUUGCAACUCUUGCCAAAGCAAUGGCUUAAGUUGUGUCAAUGAAACACAUUUCAAGGUCUGCGUCGACAAUGUUGAAACGGAUAACUCUGUACUGUCCUGUGGUGCUAAUAAAAUCUGCACAUCCUUGGGUAUCGGUUGCUUCGAGAAUGUCGACGGUGUCGAACCGUCCUGUACGACAACCAGCAACUGUGCCGGCUGCGAUGGUUCCUUUUUGUUUGCCUGCACGAGUCGCACCACCUUCACCCAGUGUAAUGGAACCACUGCUGGCACUGAGGUCCUUACUUGCCCAGAGAAUAAAGUCUGUGACAUGAAUUCGGGUAAAUUUUGUGUGGACGAAUGUGAAGUGACCACUCUGGAAUGCAACAAAGCUGCACCUUAGUCGAAAAUUCAUUGUGAAUUCCGUUUAAUAAGUAAGAUGCUGUAAAUCUAAACCCAAAUAUUUAAAUGCCAAUAAAAAUGUACAUUGUUUUUUCUAUACAAAUUAA